GGUGUGCCCGGUGCUGGGUGCUGUGCCCGUGCUGGGUGCUGUGCCCCGGGCCGUGCUGCCCCGCUCCGGUCCGCUCGGGCGCUCCCUCAGCCCGGCAUGGCGCAGGCGGGGCCGGCCGGCGAUGCGGGGCUGGGCCCGGCCCCGGAGGGCGCGGAGCUGGCGGCCGUGAUCGGCGCCACCGUGCCCACGGGCUUCGAGCACACGGCGGCCGAGGAGGUGCGGGAGAAGCUGGGCUCGGCCUCCAGGAUCAGCAGGGAUCGCGGCAAGAUCUACUUCGAGGUGCCGGCCCGGAGCCUGCCGCAGGUCCACCGUCUGAGGUCAGUGGAUAAUUUAUUUGUUGUUGUUCAGGAAUUCAAAGACUAUCAAUUUGAAGAAAAUAAGGAAGAUGCUCUAAAACAUUUGGAAGAUUUGGUUAAAAAGCUGCCCUGGACCGAUCCAUUGAAAGUUUGGGAGUUGAACAACAGCCUGAAAAAGAAGAAGACAAAACGCAAAAAACACAAUGUGCAGAGUCCUGCAAGCAGAGAGAAGCUGAGUGGUGGUGGAGGAGAGGGAGGAGCAGACCAAAAUAUCGCUAAUGCCCAGGAGGACUGUGCCCAAAACCCUGCGGCUGUGGAGCCCGCUGGUGGCCAGGACACAGAGACUUCCCAAGGAGUGACGUCCAGGAAUGGGCUGGAGGAGGAGGAGGAGGAUAAUGAGGCACCAGAGGUGAAAGUUGGAGUGCAGGCAGGUCCUGAGAGCGGGAGCAAGGCUGGUGACGGUGAGACAGGCGAGGGAGAGGAGAAGGUGCUGAGGUUCCGAGUGACGUGCAACAGGGCUGGAGACAAGCACAGCUUCACCUCCAACGAGGCCGCCAGAGACUUCGGGGGAGCCGUGCAAGAGCACUUCCAGUGGAAAGCUGACAUGACUAAUUUUGAUGUGGAGGUUCUUCUCAAUAUUCACAACAGCGAGGUCGUGGUGGGGAUUGCAUUGACUGAAGAGAGUCUCCACAGAAGGAACAUCACUCACUUUGGGCCCACAACGCUGCGCUCCACUCUGGCUUACGGCAUGCUCAGACUCUGUGAUCCCCAGCCCACAGAUAUCAUAGUUGAUCCCAUGUGUGGUACAGGUGCGAUACCAAUAGAGGGAGCUGCAGAAUGGCCCAACUGCUACCACCUUGCAGGGGAUAACAGCCCUCAGGCAGUGAAGAGAGCAGCCAACAACAUCUGCUCCUUGCUGAGGAAAAACGAGAGCAAGGACAGCAGCACUGCCCUGGGCGUUCCCUUGGACGUCAUCCAGUGGGACAUCUGCAACCUGCCCCUGCGGACAGGCUCCGUGGACAUCGUGGUGACAGACAUGCCCUUCGGGAAGAGGAUAGGGUCGAAGAAGAAGAACUGGGAUCUCUACCCAGCCUGCCUGAUGGAGAUGGGUCGGAUCUGCACCCCAGGGACAGGCAGGGCUGUGCUGCUUACCCAGGACAAGAAAUGCUUUGCCAAGGCCCUGUCCCGCGUGGGGCACAUCUGGCGCCGAGCUCAGACGGUGUGGGUGAACGUGGGCGGCCUCCACGCGGCCGUGUACCUGCUGCGGCGCACCGCCGAGCGCGCCGAGGAGAGCAGGCCCCGCUGGUGACCGCCCGCGGGGCACGGGAGACACCGCCGGGCUCUGAAAGCAAAGCAGAGAACACGUCUGUCACCUUCAAACCAAACAACCUGUGGAGAAACUGUCACACAAAUAUUCAACCAGGGAUCAACUUGAGAGCGACCAGUUCUACAUCACCUCUGCUCCCUUUACCCAAACUGAAUUUCAUUAGUGGAAUUUGUAAUUCUUUUCUUGGCUUGAAUCUUCCCUUGUAUUUUUCAGUUAAACGUUUAUUUCUCUGCUUACAGCUGAAAACAUGUUGAGGCAGUUCUGGGAGUAACAGUUUAUUUAUUUACCAAGUUGUGUCAUCAAGUGACUAACAGUACUACUCAAUCACCUUAAAGGGUUCAGAGGUAGUAUCUCUAGUGUAGUUUUCUAAUUUAUACCAUUGCUCAAAUGUAAACUAAUAAUAAACCAGUAUCUGGUUUUUGUGGUAAGCAAAUUCCAGUUGGCAAACAAGGAAUUAUGCUGUGCUACUGGUUCUCUUGCCUAUCACCUCAUCUUAGGGCUAAUUACCAGUAAAAGUCUGGUCCAUUUUUUAGUGUUCCAUUGCCAUGGGUGAGGGGAUAGAUAACACACAGCCUUAGAAAACUGUAGUUACUAUUCGAGGAAAGAGAUUCUUUUAGCAAUUAUAUUAAAAAGUUCAUGGUUUCAGUGUCUACUGUGGAUGCAUCAAGGUGGCAAUUUCAAUUUCUUAGGUAAUUUAACCACCACAGUUACACUGCCACAGUGUUCACAAAAAUAUUGUUGCAAAUAAUUUUUUCUUCUGUGACCGUACUAUGAUUUCUCGGGCCUCUUACUCUCCUCAUCAGUCUGAAAACACAUUGCUGGUUUGCCCUUUCCAUUACAGCGUGUUCAUGCUGAGUAUGUGUAACUGUUCAGAGGUGAAUUAACAAGUAUUAAAGUUUUAGAAGUUUUGCAUAAA